CCGAUACCAAUCCCCAUCCACCAUGCCAUUCACUGAAUUGCGCCAACCCUGAGCUCACACCUGCGCCCAUCAAUUCGCAUAUGAUCGCUGCCCGCUGAAGCAUCAUUAGUGCAUGGUUACAUUGAUAUCUGUACGAAGCGAUCAACAUGUUGUUCCCUGAGGAAGAUGCUACGCUGUUGAAGAAGUGGAUUGUGAAGAGGUUGGAAAAUACGUAUGUCGUCGCUCCUUCCUUACACCAACUCUGCCUGUGGCUAGUCGCAAGCCCCUGACCAGUUGUGAGCUCCUGUGAAUGGAUGAGUUAAGCUAAUGUCUUGAGCAGAUCCGAUGCAGAUGCCGAUGUGCUCGCUGACUAUGUACUUGCACUCCUGCGACACGAUGGCGACACUGAAGCUGUGAGAGCUCUCUGCAUGGCCGAGAUUCCAGAUUUCCUCAAGGAAGAUUCUGCCAUCUUCAUUCGCGACGUCUUUGACGCCAUCACCUUCAAAUCAUACAUUCCAGGCGUUGCACCACCUCCACAGCGAAGACCUUCCCUUCCGUUUGCGCCGCCUACGGGUCCUGCGACGAUGCCUCCUUCUGGUCCAGCUCUUGGGAUGGGGGAUCCACCUUAUGGGCCACCGAAUGAAUCGAGGAAACGUUCAUAUAAUGAUCGAGGGGAUGGCGAUGUUCACGAUCGGGGAAUGAUGCCGAUGGGGGGUCCGGAUUCGAGGAUGUUCAAGCAGCCGCGACGGGGUGGGGGGAUGUCUGCGAGAGGGGGGUAUGAUAACUUCAAUCCUCGUGGUGGACGAGGAUUUCCUGGAGCUCGACCACCACCCAUGCAUCUCCAAGGUCUGCCUCCAAAUCAUAUGCCUGGAAUGCCGAGUCCACCGCCUGGAAUGCCGCCGUUUGAUCCUACCGCUACGGAUCCUAUGGCUUUCAUGCUGGCGAUGCAGAAUAUGGGCCAGAAUAUGGGGUGGGAUCCAAAUCUGAAUGCUCCUCCUAUUUCGCCUGGUAGGGUUGGUCCACCACCUCCGGCUAUGCAAUCGAGGAGACCGAGAUGUCGAGAUUAUGAUCAGAGGGGAUUUUGCGCGAGGGGAAAUACUUGCACGUACGAACAUGGUGAUGAUUCGAUAUUCGUGCUACCAGGAAAGAAGUCUGAUGAAUAUGAUCCUACGAAUGCGGGACUUGUGACGGGGCUUGAGAGUAAUGGCAUAUCACAAAGUCCUCGCGGUAUGGGUCCGGGUCUUGGUUUCUCCAACAAUUUCAAUAACAAUCCAAGAGGAAACGAUAGAGGAAGAGGAAGAGGUGGACCUUCUCGAGGUGAUCGCGGUGGCAAUGCUGGUAGGCGAGGAGGACGUGCAGAAUUCUCAUCCGACAGACCGAAUUAUGACAGAAGCAAAACUACUAUUGUGGUGGAAAACAUUCCUGAAGACAAGUUUUCGGAGGAAGCAGUACAAGAUUUCUUUUCUCAGUUUGGCAACAUUGUCGAAGUAUCGAUGAGACCGUAUAAAAGAUUGUCAAUUGUCAAAUUCGAGGACUGGAAUGGUGCAAGUGCGGCUUACAAUUCCCCAAAAGUCAUCUUUGACAACAGAUUCGUCAAGGUCUAUUGGUAUACCAAUGACACCAACCUCCCACAACCUCCAGCAACAAGUGCGACUGGCACGACUGCUAAAAACGGUAACGAUGAACCAACUCCAGCCAAAGAGCCAGAACCUCAAAUUGAUCUUGAAGAAUUUGCUCGCAAGCAAGAAGAAGCUCAGAAAGUGCACGAGGAGAAGAUGAAGAAGAAAUUGGAGAUGGAAGCUGCAAGAAAAGAACUCGAGAAACGACAAGAGGAGCUGGCCAAGAGUCGAGCCGAAGAAAAGAGAAAACUGAUGGAGAAGUUGGCUGCUAAAACUGCAAAGUCAGGUGGUGCUCCUUCUACGACUGAUGAUGCAAAACCCAUGUCACAAACAGAUUCUCUGAAAGCCCAGCUUGCUGCUCUUGAAGCGGAGGCACAGUCAUUAGGAAUCGAUACGUCGGUCGAUGAGCCACCAUCAUAUGGAUACCGAGGUCGAGGUCGUGGACGAGGUGGCUACAGAGGGAGAGGGGCUUUCGUACCACGUGGUUUCCGGGGUGGGUAUCGAGGCAGAGGAGGUGCGCCGUUUGCGGGUGGUGGUGCUUAUAAACUUGAUAAUCGACCCAAGAAGAUUGCGAUUACGGGGGUUGAUUUUACGGAUACUGAGAAGGAUGAGAAUCUUAGACAGUAUCUUCUUGUAAGUUUCUUUACUUUUCUUUCCUUUCCCUCAUUACCCUUUCCCCCUUUCAUCCUUCCAGUUAAGAAAUAGUUCCUAAUAGACAUCACAGGGUAUCGGUGAAUACACAUCUCUAGACAUCACACCCUCCACCACCAGCAUCACAUUCAAAGACCGCUUCACCGCAGAAAAAUUCAUGUACGGUUCUCCCGAUGGGGAACUCCCUGCAGUCGGCAAGGUGGAAAUGGCCUGGGUGCAGACUCCCUUGCCCCCAGUGGCCUCAAGUACAAAUCCUCAUGUCCCCUCGGUCAAGAGCGAGACGCAGACAGAUGUCAAACUUGAGGAUGAGGAUUCCAUGACGGUGGAUUCUAGUCCUAUGAGGGCACCUGGUGGUGCACAUGGACAGGCUGGCGCGGGGGGUAUGGGUGAUGAUCUGGAUUAUGAUGUUGCGGAGGAUUAUGUUUCUUGA